UCAUCCAUAGAAACCCAUUCCAUUAAACUCGUUAGGCGCUGUUGUUGUGCUAAUCUGAAGGCCACACAAAGUUUGGAGGUCUUUAGCUAUUUACUCAGCAGACAGUUGGUGACUUCUGCACACUGUGCGCUUCAGCAUGCGCUGACCCCACUCACUUUGUGGCUGAGUUGCUGUUGUUCCCAGUUGCUUCCAAUUUGUUAUAAUACCACUAACAGUUGACCGCGGAAUAUUUAGUAGCAAGGAAAUUUCAUGGAUGGACUGAUUGCACAGGUGGCAUGCUAUCACGGUACCACAUUUGAAUUCACUGAGCUCCUGAGAGUGACCCAUUCUUUCACAAAUGUUUUUAGAAGCAGUAUGCUU